AUGGAGGCCAUCAAGAGAGAAAAACUCUUGUCACUCUCGAGCUCUGUGAAGGUGUUGUUAGAAAAGAUUGUUGGUACUAAGCUUUCCAAAACGGCGAAGGAAAUACUGGUGGAUCUUCAAGAUGCUCUUUAUUAUGCUAACAACAAACUCAUCCCUAGUCAACCUAACAACAAACUGCUGGAUUUGCUGAGACGUGAUGUUCUUAAAUUUGCCAAUUUGCUUGAAGACACUGAUUUUUUAAGGUAUGCUAACGUACUUAAUGCUAAGCACCUCGAAAUUCAUUAUCGUUUAACUUUUUUCAUUCAACUCAUUAAGUCUAGAACGGUAAAUUUAAUUCAAAUAUUAAAAGGCUCAAGUUCAGGAGAACAACUUGGUGAUGAUGAAUCUUCUAUUUAUGGAAGAGACGCUGAUAUUCAGAAACUGAAACGUCUUUUGUUGUCUACUGAUAGUAGAGUGAUUUCUAUUGUUGGUAUGGGAGGGAUUGGUAAAACAGCCCUUGCUAAACACCUUUACAAUCAUCCUCAAGUUAAGGCCAAAUUUGAGUUAAAACUAUGGGCAGAGUUCUCAACUGAUGUGGAUGAUUUCAGUGUUUUUGAAAACAUUCUUCAAUCUAUUACUUCACAAACAACCACAAGUAAUGAUACAAGUACCAUUUACCCUAAUUUUUUGCUGGUAUUGGAUGGUGUGUGGGAUGCAAGAUCUGUCAAUUGUACAUUACUUAUGGAUAUCUUUAAUGCUGGGGAAUCAGGAAGUAAGGUCAUUGUAACAUCAAGAGAUGAAAGAGUUGCACUAUCCAUGCAAACCUUUCUUUCUCUCCACUAUCUGAGACCCUUGAAAUUUGAAGAUUGCUGGUCUUUACUUGCCGAACAUGCAUUUGGAACACGUAACUACCACCAACGAUCCACUCUAGAAGAAUUUGGCAGGAAAAUUGCAAGAAAGUGUCAUGGUUUACCAUUAGCUGCAGUAGCACAUGGGGCUCUUCUUCGCAUCUGGUCAAACCCCUUAUGA